GAGACUCACUGACCAACAGCACACCCUGAGGGCUCUCCAAGGUGAAGUCCACGUCCAGUCCAGCUCCUCCAAUCACCUGAAGAGCAGGGCUGGCAGGGAGCCCCAGAUCCUCGUGGCCUCAGCCAGCUUUCCCAGCCCUACAUGGGAGGAGAGAUGCCCUGGACCAUUCUGCUGUUUGCAUCUGGCUCCUUUGCCAUUCCUGCACCGGCCAUCUUCCUGGUGCCCCCCUACCCAAGCAGCCAAGACGACGCCAUCUACAUCUCAUGUACAGCCCCAGAGGACUUCCUCGGGGCCAAUUUCACCCUGUUCCGAGGGGAAGAGGCAGUCCAGCGUCUGCAGGCCCCCGCAGAUCAGCCCGGCGUGACAUUCAAUGUGACUCGUGGUGGCAGUGAGGCUGCUGGGGGUGACUUCCGCUGUCAGUACGGCGUGAUGGGUGAGCACAGCCAGCCCCAGCUGUCCGGCCUCAGCCAGUCAGUGCAGGUCUCCUUUCCAGUCCCCACCUGGAUCAUGGUGCUCUCCCUGAGCCUGGCUGGAGCCGUCCUCCUCCUCCUCGCAGGGAUGGUGGCUAUCGCUGUGGUGGUCAGGAAAGUUUCUCUGUGUAGCCCUGGCUGUCCUGGAACUCGUAGGUGGCACCACUUGCUGAGUAGCUGGGAAUAUAGCGGUUGCUGUCAUAUUGUCAUCCUAAGGUUGCUAAGGCUUAGCUCAGUGCGGGGUGCUUGUCUCAUGUGCAUGAGGCCCACGGUUCAAUCCCCACCCCCCACAGGGUUUCUCUGUGUAGACCAGGCUGGCCUGGAACUCACAGAGAUCUAUCUGCCUCUGCCUCUGGUGUGCUGGGAUUAAAGGCCUGUGCAACUACCUAAAACCCACCCUGAAAUUCAUAGUUUUUAAGAAAAACACUUUUACAUGUUUACACAAUUUUGAAGAUUUUGUUUGUUUGGAUUUCACUUCAGAGCCCAGGCUGGUCUGAAGACCUGCCAUCUCCCAUAUAGAUCAGGUUGGCCUUGAAAUGUAGGUAAUCCUCCUGCCUCUGCUUUCAGUUUGAAGGGAUUACAGCAGUGAGCCACCACACUGGUAACUUGGAGUUCUUGUUUUUUAAAUGAACAUACAUUUCUCGUAAGUCAAGUACAAAAAUAAAUAAGGGCAGUAAGAUCGCUAAGCAGACAAAGAUGCUUGCCAAGCAUACCUACACAAGUUCCAUCCCUGGGGCUCGUGGCAGGACGGCUGCCUCCACAGGAUUUCCUCUGCCCUCUGCAUAUGCCUCUGGUGUGUGUACCCACACCCAUACAAGAACAUGCACACACAGAGUAAAUAAAGGUUAAAAAGAAAAACCCACCUAAAAUGUAUGGGGUGACGUGGUAGUACACACCUGUAAUUCCAGAACUCAAAGGCUGUGGAGGAGGACUGUGGUUUAGAGACCAACCCUGGCUAGACCCCGUCUCAAAGAAACAGAUCAAGGGUGAUGCCACACACCCAUAAUUCUAGCAUUUAGCUGGUAGAAGUAGGAGGACCAGGAGUUCAAAGCCAGCCUUGGCUACAUAGUGAGUUCAGGUUAGCCUGAGCUAUACGGGACUGUUUUAGAAAACUAAGUGAAGGUGGGCAUGUUGGUACAACCUUUUAAUCCCUGUACUCAGCAGGCAGAUCUGUACCUACAGUCUAAUCUACAUCGUGAGUUCCAGAACAACCAGAGCUACAUGUGAAACCUUGCCUAGAAAACAAAACUACCGCAAAAAAA